UCAUUAAAGGAAAUAACGUCCAUUUUUAAAAUGACUCUGUGGUAGUGACAACACCAAAGAAAACAACUAGGCUUUAUGCAGCUGUUGAAAAAUCACAAGGACCUGGAACUUAUUUUCAUAUGUCCCACAGUGGAUACGCCUUCUUUCUCACUAUUUAUUUUCACUUUGAACAUAAUUAUGACAGGUCACCACCCGAUAGACAUCAUUUUUCCAGCGUACGUCAGACUCAUGGAAUGCGUAACUCCAUAAGUAACAGCGCGGCGGAAAGAGUAACAAAAAUGAAAAGCUUUAUAAAAAAAAAAAAACGAUCUAAUCCUCUUUCUUAAGCUAGUCAGAGCUAUUUCUGGCACCGAGAAGCUUGUGGGAAAAUGUUUUCUGAAUGACGCAGUAGUUUGUCCCUCUGCGCUUCUCGUCCUUUCACAUGACUUCCACUGCUUGUGACUGAUCGGCAUUCCUCAGCGGGUGGUUUUAGUCUUUGGCAAAAAGCGAAUGCAACAUAAGCCUCAACCGGAGAACUUGGUCUUUAUCUUCAUCCGUACAAAACCAAAAAACAUUUUGUUUUGGUUUUGCACGGACGGCUGAAAGUUUGCGGAAGCGUGUGCAAAGUUUUUUCUUUUUUCUUUUUUCUGGCGGAGUUCAUCCUCAGUCAGCUGGAGUGGACAUACAUGGACAGGAGAUAACUGAUGGCUGAGCUUUUGCCGUCAGGCUUGAGGAGGUGUAGUUAUUUCUUCCUCUAUGAUGGAUCUAAGGUCAGAGGGGAGGGGGACCUCACGCGGGAGGGGAUCUGCUACUUCUACCCUGAAGAGACGCCUCUGGAUAAGCAGGAGCUGCUGUGCGGGCAGCUGGCCGGCGUGGGCCGCUGCGUGUCCGAGCUGUCCUCCUCCCCCGUCCGCACCCUCCGGCUGCGGCGCUGCAAGUUCGCCAUCCGCAUGAAGGAGGACUUCUUCUGGGUUGACCCACUUCUUCUCCUCAAAGCCGCCCUCAUUCUUCAGGCAUGCCAGCGCUGCCCUCUAGCGCUAGCAGGCUGCAUUCUUUUCAAAGGGCGAAUUGUUAGCACACAGAUGUCUCCAGAGCUCACAAUGAAGAUCGUGGUUCAUGAGAGUGAAACGUACUCCAAGAGGUCCGGCGGGCCGAGCACAGUGACCCCCCCCGGCUGCGCUGUGGGCUCCACCGGCGUGUUCCUGACCACGUCUGAACUCCAGUUCCUGCAGUCCGCUCCCGUCGACCGAGGUUUCAGCUCCAGUUCGACUCCGCUCAAAGAUGCUUCCCCGAAGAGGACCCGCCUUUCUAGAACGUUGUCAGACACCCCCUCCACUGAGUCAGAGGCGUCCUAUCCGGGCUCCUCCCAGUCUCCCCAGAAGUUGUCCUUCAGCCCUCACUUCUCAGAGUCGGACAACUCCGCCUUCAGUCCAACUCCGUCGCAGAACGCCGGCGGUUCCCUCAGCCCGUCCCCCCCGCCGCCGCCCGGGCCCCCCCUCACCAACGGAACCGGCUCCCCGCUGGAAGACUCGUAUUACCACAGCUUUCACAGCAACGCCAGCGGGGGCAGCCUGCUGCCCAGCGAGGACAGCUCGGUGUUUGAGGAAAACCCCCGGCCGAACGGAGGGACGGUUCUGGACUACAGGGGAGCGGGUUCUGGGAACGACCAGGCCCGGGACGAUAAGAUGGAGGUGGGAGGUGGCGGGGCCUGCUGCCCGGGCGCUAAGGGCCACGGGGCGGAGACCAGACCCCCUCCCCCGCUGCCCUGCGCCUUUGACAGCUCAGAGGAGAGCCCUCUGAUCCCCAUGACGCUUUACAUGCACCGGGUCAACAGCCUGGUGCUGGCUCUGCUGGUGGAGCCUCACUUCAUGAGCGACACCGUUUCAAAAGAAGAAGUGUAUCACAGCAGCCUGGCUUCCCUCAAUGGGCUGGAGGCCCACCUCAGGAACAUCUCCCGCGGGGCCCCGGCGGCUCCGGGACCCUACACGUUUGCCCAUUUUGACUGCAUUCAGAGCACUCUAACAACCAACGUGUCUGGCAGACCAGGGGGAGCCCCGGAGCAGCCUUUUGUCAGAGCCACAUCGCUCCUCCACUCGCAUUUCUGUAACACUGAGACUCUGCAGGAGGCUAUUAUGAGGAAUGCCAGCGCGGCCGUUUAUGGAACCCGCAGCGUGGCCCAGGAGACCUACUUCCAGCAGCUCGGGGGAUCGCUGAGGAAUUCCGGCAUUCCCAACCACCAGGACAGCGCCUUCUCCCUGCCCAGCAAAGCCCGGCACAGGCUGCUGAAACACGGCGUGAACCUGCUGUAACGGGACCCCCGCCUCCACCGCCCCAGAUGAGUCCAAGAAAUUCCCCCUUUAAUGAGACUCUGUUUUAUAAAAGUGCUCCCGUAAAAACAAAUUCUGACAUUUUCCAGGAGACUGUAACGUCUGAUGGAAAAUUUGUUGAAUGACUGAGAAAAGGUUUAUCGUGGAUAUUUCGGUUAUUUACUUGCUUUAUUGAGUAUAGCUUAACUACUGAAGUAUUGACUCCUGUAUAAAGCUAGAAUGUGUUAUUAACUCUGUUUCCCUCUCUUUAUUGAUACUUAGUUUCUUCAUGAAGUAAAUGUAACAAAUGAAAAACAAAGUUGGAUUUCUCAUAAAAGUCUU